AGGGAGGCUCGCACGAGGAGGUGGGAUCUUCUGGCGCGAGGUGGUUGUCGGGAAGAUGGCGGAGACCCGGGCAACGGCGAAGGAUUGAGAGUGGGGGAGGGGGAGAGAAACCGAUACCGAUACCAGUGUUUUAGAGGGCACAGAGAAACCGACUUUUAAUUCCAAAGUGAGUAGGAAUGUAGGGGGAUCGAUUGAAGUAGUUAACUGGAACAAAAAGACUAUGUAGAUCUCGUUCUUUAUCUCUGGAUAGGCGGAUGUUCCAGCAGCAUACUUUAAUUGGGGAUCGGGAUCCGGAUCCAGACCCGGGGGGUAGGUUUGAAUCUUCUGGACUCUUCUCAUUUGUGACAGUGCCUUAUACUCUUGGAUAUUUCAUUUGUUGUUCAUUAUUAUUGCUGGGGACUAGGAGGGUCUCCAUUGCCAAGAUCACUUAUUGCUUCGAGAUCGGACGAGAGGACAGAAAAGGGGUGUUGACGGCGUUUAAAGCGCGUUAUCUACCUUUUAAAGUCUGCAUGUGGUGGCGGUGGUUCUUAUACCGCACCUUCAGUUACUUCAUUGACUAAGGGUGCACGCUACUGGAACAUGGACUAACAAGGCAAAGAAGACUUCUGGAAGACUUGCAAGAUAAACAUGAUUAGUGUGCUUCUUUCGGGCCUUGCCUGCUGCUCCUCUAUACAAUGUACUUACAUCCUAGCUGGUUUGUCACCAUAACACGUGGAUUAGCCAGCCUUUGCAGCGCAGGGAUACUGCGCAGCACUCUAGGCAGUGGCAUUCUCAGUUUCCCUGCGCUCCUAGCUGCUUGCAUACUUGGGCAGCCUGCUAUGAUGUACACCACCCGUCUCUACAAUAGUGGCAGCAGCAAGCCCAGCAGGCGAAUGGGUAUUGGUGGAGGAGGGAUUCCAUUGCUUGACAACCAUCAUCCUCAAAAUUUCCAUCCUCACAACUAUGCAGGAAGGCCUGAUGGGCACCGGACCCACUACCACCACCAUGGCAAGAAGAAGACUUGGAACUUUAUCCAUGAGAAAAUGAGUUAUGAUACCUUCUUUACCAUGAAGAGACUUAUCGACCGCUCUCACACAGUAGAUGAGGUGCUCAGAUGGGUCACACAGAAUCCGGGCAAGAUAUCCUAUAAUCACUAUCCUAUUGCUUUGCAGAAGAUUGGCCAACUUCUUCAGCAGCAGCAAGGAGUGUUAGGAAGCAUUUCAGGUGGGGAGAGUCACUACAGGCAAAUUUCUGAGCAGCAGGAUUUUCAGACUUUGUGUGAUGCCAUUGUAAAUGACUGCUCAAAGUUUGAUAACUUCAGCAUCGUCAACUGCCUUUACGCAGUGGCAGCCCUUGGCUUACCUAGUGAUUCUCAGAUUGUUCGGGUCCUUGAAGAGGAGUCCCGCAGCCGUCUUUCCCAAUUCAACCAGAAAGAUAUCUCCAUGGUUUUUAGUAGCAGUAUGAAGUUGCACCCAUCAAGCCAGCACCCCUUAAUUGAGUCAUGUUUGUCUGGUCUGGAAAAGAAUAUAGAGCGGGAGCGUCACCCGCAGACUCUCUUCCUUCUUCUUUCCUACUAUCGUCUCAAGUGGCGAGCUCUGCAAGCAGAUGGCUAUACUUCUGAGCAGCUACCUGCAAACAGAAAGAUACUUCGCCUUGUGAAGCACACAUUAGCAAGCGUCAGCAAUGUCCGUGACCAUGAGAUGGCUUUGUUGGAUGAAAUGCUCUCUGCUUGCGCUCGAGAGGCAAGCAACAAAUCCCUGGAACUCAUCUUCAGCUCUCAGCUGUUUUAUGAAAAUCGACAGGAGAAGUUCAUCAGCAGUUUAGCAGAGGAGCUUCCAAAAAAGGUGGACAGUAUUACUCCUUACACAAUGGCUUUAAUUGCCAAGUACAUCGCAAGGCAUCGUCUAAGAGAAACCAAGCUUUUGGAUACAAUUGCAGAGUUCCUGGUGAAAAAAGGAGAAUACCUGGACAGUAAGGUCAUUCAAAAGCUGGUGUUUCCUUUCAGUCGAAUGAGUUAUCGACCAUCAAAUGAGAAACAUUUUUUUGAAAAAUUGGAGUCAGUACUAGAAUUGAAAGCAAUGAACUCUCCUCUGGCCACCGUGAAUAUUAUCAUGUCAUUAUUUCAGUUGGGGCACUUCCCUGGGAAGAUAUUGCACCGUGUGUUCUCCAAUGCUUUCAUCAGCAAUGUCACUAACAGCCCAUAUGCAUUAAUUGUGCGGCGUUACUUAUCCCUACUCGAUGCAGCUGUGGAGCUUGAGUACCGAGACUACACUGGACCUCGACUGGAUGCAGGGCACAAGGUACUUAUGUUUGACCAUGCGCUGACUGCUGAUGAAGUGAACCGCAAGUACAGUUAUAAAGGGCUUGUAGCAGAGGCUCUGAGGCAGCUGGUUGGAGAGCAGUGUUACAAACAGGACGUGGUGUUGGCCCCUGGAUAUUAUACAGAUUUCCUUCUAUGGAUCAACAGUUCAGGAAAUGUACUGCAGAUCAAAGGGACCAUUGCUGCCAGUUCCUCCAGCACACCCAGUGCAAACUCUGUUGUUGGUCAUUGUUCAAUUCCUCCCAAAACCUUGGACUCUCAAUCUGCAGUACUGGCUCUCACCUCAGAGUUUCAGAAGUUCUCUCCAUUUUCUCCAACUUCAGUUGAUGACAGUUCAGAUAAACGAAUACCAGAGGACCUAGUACAGGAGGUGUCUUUUCUUUCCCAUCAUAUGCGCCCACCUCCUUCUUCAGGAGGUACAUUGGGUCAGAGAAUGGGAAAUGGGAAUGGUUCAUUGGAAUAUAGCUCUUAUUACCCACCUUCCAAUUACUACACAAGUCUGACUAAGGAACAGUCAUUGGAAAGCCAGGACAGCUCAACCCUCAGCAGCCCUUCAGACUGUCUAACACAAGCUGGAAGUAGUGGGGUGGUGGGAGUAGCAGAGUGCUCACCAGUGCUUUCAGGUUCUUCGCUCUUCCAGUUUCCUAUUGGAAAAAUCCUGGAAGGUGAUGCAUCCUCCCAAGGCCAGGAGCAUGAACUGCCCAGCUUUUAUGAAACCUACCCGGAUGGGGGUGACCUUAGUGGUGCUGACAAAGAGGUGCUGAGUCCUGCAUCACCACUACAGCUGCAUAGCCCAGGAUGUCAAACUGACCAGGAUAGGAGGUCUGCAGAGCACAUGGAGGAAGUCAAAAGGGUGGUUAUAUCCGUGAAUGACAAGUGGCAUUAUUGUCACAAUUCAGAUGUGUUGGUGGGCUCGCGAGCCAUGAGGGACCGACACCUUCAUCUUCUUGGCUAUAUUAUCCUGCAGCUGCCGUAUCAUGAGUUGGAAAAGCUGAAUGGAAUUGAAGAAGUGAAGCAGUACCUCCACAAAAAGCUCCUGGAUGUGCCCUUAUGACACGCGGCGCACAGCUGGCUGAGGCCUGCGACCGGGGCAGCCAGAGCUCCCUUUAAAUAGUAAUAACGGUGUGACACACUGGAGGGCAGUCUAAGCACCGUGCCCUCCGUCUAAGCUUGGCAGUGAGGGAUGGGAUGCUGGGGUAAUAACAUUUUUAACUGUUUAUUUCCUUUUUUAUGUUAGAUUUUCUCGUUUAUUGCACGUAGGCUGCAAAUUGGUCUUGGCAGUGAGACACUUGCAGUGGGCAGGUUGUUGAGGCAAAUGGCCCCCUAAAGACAUGUUUGUGACUCCUGGUAGUGACAAGUUGGGCCCUUAGCAGCACGUAGGAUUUGGGAGGACUGACUUCAGAAUUAGUGGGUCGGCAGAAGAACGGCCAGAUGACAAAGCUAACAUAUCUGAGAAUCAAUGAGACGGCUUUUUUUUGUUGUUGUUGUUUUUUUGUUUCCUUCAGAUUUAAAGCUCUUUUAAAAUAUUUUUACACUUUCAUCUUUCCAUUCACAGUAGUAAACCACCACUUAUACUGUGUGCAUUCAUUUAACACUGUAAGUUAUUAUUAUUUUUUUCUUUCGAUUAUUUGUAAACCUAAUGGAGGACGACAUACACUGUAAUUUAUUGCUGUUUUUGGAAUGAUUGGGAUACUGGUGGGGGUGUGGGAUUGUGUGAGAAAAAGAGAGGUUUGUCUAUAUAUACAUAUAAAAUGAUAGAGAAAAUACAAAUAUAUAUAUAAAUAUAUAUAGAAAGAAAGAGAGAGGGAAAGAGAGGGACGUGAAUUCAUGGAGAUCCCAGACUGUUCUUUGUGGAGGGAUGAAGGAACAGUUGGUAAACCAGACCAAAACACAAGUUCUCAUUAAAUUCUGGGUGCAUUUUGAAUUGCAUGGUAAACUUCUAACCCAUCCGAGGUGUGGGGAACGGGUCUGCGUUCUAAAUAAAUCCCAGUUUUACCUUU